AUGAUCAAAAAUUACAGCUAUAGCAUAGAGAACAGGCCAGAAAAGUUAUCCACAUCUACCUUGACAAAAUACGAUGACUCUCCGACAAAACAAGACACCACAUCAAGGGACAUGAUGACGAAUCCUCUGUCACCUCAGCACCCUCUCCAACGGCGCGGAUCCAGACAGCAGCAAAAUGUUGUCUCCGCGAAUAUCGAUCGACAAUUUUGCCGCUGUCUGGGCGUCGGAGAGCAGGUUGCGGAGGUGUUAUUCGGGACAUGCGCAGGCGAAGAAGAAGAACCAGUGAACCAGAUACCCGAUGAAAUCAUACCUAUACCAGCAUCACAUCCGCUUAGGCAGAGAGGGUUUCUGACUUUUGACGCGCCAGCGCAUGGAGUGAAUUUUUCGUCGAGUGGACGGCCCUUGAGAGCGGGAAGGGCUUUGUUUUUGGCGAAUGAAUGGGACAUACUGCCAGUAAGGUACUUAGUACCGGUACUCAAUACCGUAGUAACUACUCUGUUAGUGCCAGUAGGGUACUCAAUACCGAGAGUAGAUUCUGAUGUUUGUGUUUGAUUUUGCUUUCCUAAUAAGAUAUCAAUCGAAGAACUAAAGUGGAGAUCUCUGUGAUCCCUUUGCAAACAACUUCGUCGUCCCCUCUUAUCUCUCAAUACCUCCACUGAACAUCGCGGCGCACAGACUCGAGCUUUUCCCUACUGGCAUGCGGUUCCGCAUACUGGGUGAGUCUAUUCGCAAGGAAAAAGACCUCCAAGACCAAGAUGAUCGGCGAAAGAAAGUUGAAAAUGAUGAAAACUCAUUUCCAGUGGGGCAGGAGAUUAGCCUUGGAUUUUCUCCGUUUAUCCUAGUGCGGAACUGUCGAUUUGAGUCUGACGACCCAGACGAUAAAAUGGAGACAUACAAGAUUUUCAAAGUCUCGUGGUACGGUCUGGGACUAUGCUAUUAUUAAGGGUUACCACAUUGCAUUCUUCACUACCAUCCUUGUGAAUGGUUCCGGUAAUUGGUAACCUGAAUUUGAUCAUCAGGGAAAACAAGAAGAGAACCCUUAGGAUCAAAUUCAGGUUACCAAAUACCAGAACCAUACACCUUGACUUUUUUUCCAGUAGGAAAAGGGUCAGGGAUGAUCUGAAGAAUGCAAUGCCGCAACCUCUAAUAUUACUUUGCUUUGGACGUGGAAUUCUGCUGCGCAGCGAGACGAGGGUCGAGGACGAGUUCUGCUUAUGGAGGGGAUUUUGCUAUUUUCCUGAGCCACCUUUUCAUCUUCUAGCAGCUGUCACAAGUACUAGUCGUGCACUUAGUAUUAAGAUGCAAUACCGCAGGACUCUUGAUGUGACCGUGAAGAGGCCGUUCUUUUCAAUCCAAAUACACGUCUGACAAGGAGGUAGUACUAGCUGGUACCUUAGACAUGAAACGCAUGACCUUCCAUUUUAGUCUUCCCUGACCCAUUUUUACCUUCCAUUUUAAUGAUCCUUCCGGUGGAGUAAGAGGAGGCUCAGUAUCUCUCGUAGAAGGUACUUCCAGGUCUGCUUUAGGCGCUACAAUAGACGGCUCUGUCGCAUCGUUUAGCUCGGAAGCGACCCCUAGACUGUUGCAACUCUUGCCGGACACCGACACUGCAGCAACACGAGCCAAAGAGCCUUCCUCGUCAGGGCCAGCAGUGCCACCACACAAGACACCGGAAACGUCGCGGUCUAAAUGGGUUUUAGACGUCUCGAGGUGUAUCAGACAACUGACGUUAAGUCUUUUUCCGCCAUUCUCGAUCCGAUGCGAUCCUCUACCGCACAGAGAGACCACGAGUCGACGUUUGAUGGCUGGUUUUCUCGUCUACCUGCUUCCAAACCAGAAGGAGAUGGUAACGGUCGUGUAUGCAGAGUUGCAUGCUCAUGUGCACAAGGUGCUAGUUGACGGCGAGGAAGAGGGGAUGGUAGUUAUGGUGCAAUUUACUACUCAGGACGCCGAGUCUUCGGAAUCAGACACCUUCAGCACACACCAUAAACUCCUCAUUGCUCCAUGAUCUUGUUCUAAAAUUUCAAGUCCAGACAAUCGAGCUAAAACCAGCACGACUUCUACCGUGACUGGUGCUACCGCAGCGGCCUUAGCAGCUGGCGCAGUAGUCGGAGCAGCUGCUACUACUUUGGGUCGUGGUGGAGCAAGUACAACAAGUGGAGCAGAAGAUCUGCAAGAGGAUGACACAGGUGAUGAAGGUACAAGAGCCUCAUCCUCCUCUUCUCAUCGUACUAGUUUAAGGUCAACAUUUAGUGUCCAUCUUUCUCGGCAUCUCGGUACCCUUUUCCCGUGGUGUAUUCUCAUGAAAUACGAGGUAGAAGGAGUCACGAUGAGGGGGUCGAGAUGCAAUCUAGCAGACUCUAACUAGUGAAGCCAGACUGCCUAGAAGUUCGCCACCCAAGAGGAGAAUGCAGAAGGUAGAGCACGUCUACGAAGCAGCGUUGCUGCUGUAUGGGAAUGACAAGUGUGAACGUGUGCUACGGGAAAUCUGCAUCAGAGAAGAAACGCCUUGUUUCGAAAAAGUCGGCAUAAACUGCACAGCCUUCUGCGUGGAUCACAUGCAUCAGCUUUCUGCCAGGACGAUCAGCGAGAAGAAACUGUGGCUACGAGCUUUGGCCAACACCAAAGUCAAACUCCAAAACAAGGCUCCUACGCCAAGCUGGCUCGAACUCGAGGCGUAUCGAGAAGCGGUGAAGGAAACUGUGCGACAAGAUAAUCAUAAUGCAGCGACGCUUGGUGGAGGAAGUAGUGCUAGUGCUGGGUCAUUUCAUCUACCAGCUGAUGCAGCAGACGCAACUAUCUAUGAAGAUGCAGCUGUAGCACAACAACUGCCUUCAUCUUCAAACGAUGACUUCAUGAUGCCGUUGCUACCAACAAGUAACCGGAAACCUGAGGAAUUCUUUGCGUCGCGUGCGAGUUUCAGGAGUCCGUGAUGAGCGGGUGGUGGGAAGGUCAGUAGAUGGGAUCAUCUUCAAUGGGAGAAGAUGAUGGUGGAGUAAAUUUGCUGUACAGUGACAAUUCGCACAUACUAGUUGAUUCAGCUGAAUCACGUGGUCGAAGGAUGAUAAACAGAAACUAAGAGUGAUGAAGAUUGCACAGAGUCUUUCCGAUACUCACUUUGCGCGACCAAAUGACGUACAGGAGAAGCUAAAAGAGAUGAGCUGUAACUACUACGUGAAGAAGCAUCGUUUCAUUUCAACACUUCUCGACAAUGCACCACUCACUCGGUAAAUGCUUGUUGUCCGACUGCCAUUUCUCUGUCAAUCAACGUCUGUGUUAUAACAAGCCACUCACCCUGCAACUCGAUGACUCGUCGGUUCUUCAUCUUGAGCUCGGUUUUCCU